AUGAAACUUACAGUCCCAACAAUCCUAUCCGCCAUCCUGGCGUGCGGGACCGCAAACCCAAUCCGCCGCGCCGAUAGCCCUCCCUACUUCAUCACCAUCGGGGACUCAACCGUCGCCUCAAACGGCGGCUGGGGCGAUGGGUUCCUCUCGUUCGUCGCCUCUCCAGCCGACGGUGCAAACCAGGGCAAGAGUGGCAGCACCACUGAGUCCUGGCGCGCCAACGGACGGUGGGAAACACUGGUUGAGACCAUCAACGAGACAGUGGCCGACUACCAGACCAUUGUGACGAUGCAGUUCGGACAUAAUGACCAGAAGGCCUUGUCCCUGGAUGAGUAUGGUGAGAAUCUCAUCGGCCUUUGCACUGAUAUCCAGGAUCUUGGUGCUACUCCGAUCGUCAUUACACCCCUCAGUCGCCGCAACUUUGACGGUGAUACCACGGAAGAGGACUUUGUCGAAUGGCGGAAGACCGCUAUCGCAGCAGCAAAGGAAGCCGGGGCCAAGUUCUUGGACCUUACCACGGCCAGCACCGACUAUGUCAACGCCAUUGGAGCCGAGAAUGCGGCAGCCUAUGACUUGAGUGAGGGCGAUGGCACCCAUAUCAAUGAGGCGGGUGGAGUAGUAUUCGGCCGCAUGGUUGCUGAUCUUCUGAUUGAGGCGCGCCCUGAUGUGGAGGAGUACAUUACUGCCAACGAGGCGCUGAGCGAGAAGAUCGCGACGGGCGAGUAUGCAACCGGCGAUGAGUAG